UUUACUCUCCUCCGCUCUUUUUUCCACUGUAUUUCGCAACUUUCUUCCAUUCAAUUUUUCCGCAUUCCUGAUUGGUUUUGGUUUCGUUCCCCAACGGCUCCUCGCCUACUCCAUUCCUUCUCCCCCUCUUUCUGUCGCUCUAAUGUAUGCGCGGGUGGUGCGCCGCGGUUAAGCUCUGGGAGUUGUUUGCUUAGAGCCGGCAAAGUUUGUGUCGUAAGAUGCGACUGCAUUUGUUCCUUGGGGAUUGUUUCCGGGUGUGGGUUGAUGAUUUGGUGUAAGAGUUGUCUCUAAAAGCAACGAGUUGCACCUCGGUAUCGCUGCUCUCCUUGAUAGUGUACGCUUAGAUAGCUCUAUCCAUAUUCGCUUCGUGCUGCACUGCCGUUUAGCUCAAAUGGUGAAGUAAGGGAGGUGUACAUUGGGGUUGGCUUGUGCAGCUUCGAGGUUAUAAAACUUGAAUGCUUAGGAGAAUUUAUGCUUUAAUGUGCCUCGAGACCGGGUUUUGUUCGUAGUGAGGUAUCAAGUGUGUGUUUCAUUGCAUCGUCUUCCUAGCCGUCACGAUGAGGGCAGAAGAGUGUACCGCUGGGUACAUGAGUCCCCUGGUGAGGCAGGAUCUUGCCAGACUUGAUAAAGACGGAGACAGUCGCCGUGUGGCCUUGUUCGCGCUGAAACAAUACGUGGAGAAUUUGGAUCCUGGUUCUGUCCCUCGGUUCCUGGCCCAGGUGUCUGAGUCCAAGGACACCGGAGGCUCGCGGUCGUACGCCAUAUCACUGUAUGAAGAAGUUGCACGCGUGCACGGGAAGCUCAUCAUUCCGCAAUUUGGCAAGGUUAUGACAACCUUGACUCGGUCCUUAUCUGCAAGUGGGAGUUCACCACAGCUGCACCAAGCUUGCGCCAAAGUGGCUGCUGCACUCAUUCGAUAUACAAUAGAUCCGGAUACUAGUGAAGCAGAGGCUGAGGAAAUCCUGAAGGAGGUGUCCCGACCCUUAGUGGACCUUCUAGCAGGCAAGCUGGAGCACGUAGCAGCGGGGUCGGCAACAUGUAUGCAAGCAUUGGUAGAGUCUGAGAAGUGGAAGCAUGCCCCGGCCGACUUAGUCAGCGAGGUUUGCCACCGGACCACUACAGCCUUGGGUGACAAAUCUACUCGGACAGUCGCCCACAUGCAGCUUGCGCGUUCGUUAGCGACCAUGAAUCCUGGAACCCUGAAUGUGUACGGAGCUUGCUUGCUUCAUGCUGCGGAAGAGGUUUUAAGUGUCAGUACUUAUUCUUGGCAGCAACGAAAGUGUGCGGCAAAGAUGGCGCAGGCCGUCUUAGCCAUCGUUGACCGAGAGACCCUAGCCUUGGAAUUCCACUCAAUAACUCAGGUUUUAGAGAAUUGUAAGCACGACAGAAUUCCUCACGUCCGCACUGCAGUUUGGGAAGCUCUGCAAACCGCCAAAAUGCUCAUGAAUGGGGAGGCCGUCAAGGAAGAAGAUCAUGGGGAUUACCGGGGUUCCAAAUCUUUUGAUUCUACCAAGGAGACACCCCAGCGAAGAAAUUGGAGUUCAAAUAAUUAUAGCCCAAGCUCGCAGGAUACGUACAACCUGUCAUCUUACACGCCUCCCCCUGAUGCUUGCGACUCUGCAGCCUCUGCCCCUUCUUUGACCUCUCAUACUGAUUCCACUGGCAGGAUGAAGCGCCCCCUUAUGUUUCCGACGAAGUUUGAUGACCAUGCUCCUCGCUCACCAGCCCCGCCCUUCGCUGUGGGAGUGAACAACAAUCACGUUACAUUCUCGGGUAAGGAGAAUGUACCUUCUUCAGUUCUAGAUGGUGCUACCCCAGUAUCUCGUAAAUGCAUGUCAGCGUAUCAUGUACCUGCCCCACCUUUCUAUGACAAACUGGUAGGUGACAAAGCUUCAGGAGGAAACCAACGGAUUGAGAAAGCACCUCUCGACGAUAAUGAGUUUACUCCAGCGACUAUCAAACGGGAUCACCCUAAGGGGAAAAUUGAAUCUCGUUUCAGUCCCUUUGAGACACUCAUCACCCGAUCAUUUGGAGAGGCGGAAGGAGACCUCAUGGCAGAGGGUGAGGAGAUUCUGUACAGAAAUUCAGCUGAGUUAGAUGGGGAAUUGUGUGGCAAGAGUGAGGCACGCUCCCGAUGCAAUUCAAGAUUGCCGACUUCAAUGGGGCUUUUUAGGCCAGAUCCCGAGACACCUGAGUUUAUUGCAGAUAGUGUACAAAGCAACAUAGUUUCACACAAAGGCAUGCAAAGUGGCUACUCUGACGCUAAUAGCUCUGCAGCACUCGACAUCAAGGGCUGCGGCAGGAAUACCAUGACUGGGAAGGUUGUUGAUUUGUUGGAGCAUAAACAGAUAUCCCACACGGGUUUUUCACAAGGAUUAACCACUGGACACCCCAAUGCCUAUGACCUGAACGAAGGGGUUUCUCAUGCACAGUACAUGAAACUUGAUGACUUUUCCAGCAACCCAGAAGACGGAUAUAGUGCCCUGAAGCCAAGAGUCCUGAUCACCACAGCGGAUUUUUUGCCAUACACCACUCCGCGGCGAUUAGUACUGUCACUGCAGUCGCAAUUGUCAAGCCCGGGCGAUGAAGUGGGUCAAGAGGAUGUUCGAGGGAUUGACGACGGGAUGGAUAAGACGACUGACGUCAAUAGCGAAGGUGUAAGAAGGAUUGCCGAUGGAACAGGUAAGAGGAUCGACUUCAAUGACGAUGCAGACAUGGAUGUUGAAAGCUCUAGUGACUCAGGUUGGAGUGUAAGAGACAAUCCUAUUGCGUCUGACGAGUCUGCCACGGAGGAGAGUAGUGAAGAAGAAGUUGAAGAACGGCAUACGGAGAUCCAUGAGACCUUCGCCUUACCUAGGAAGGUCCAUAAUAUCACUGCUGCAUCUCCUGGAAAGAAUGCAGACUCUUCUUUGUCUAGUGACUCAGAGCAUUCUAAAUUCCCUGAGCUUGUCGAACAAUCACGCGUCCAAGUGGAGGAUGAUGAUCUACGCCACCAGAUCACAAGAUCGCUUGGAACAUCAGCUGGUAGCGUUAACACCAAUAUGGCUUGCGCGUCACUCACAGAGUCUCAGCGCAAAUGGUCUGCACAGAAAGCACAAGAAUGGGACCUAGACCUGGAUGUGAGCCGGACUACAGAUGAUCAACCUAACGAGGCGAAAAGGAGUAUGUCACUUGAGCAGGAAGUUGUUAUCUCGACGAACAUCAGCCAAGGCAGCGAGGCCUGUGUAGGUGAAAAUGAAGUCUGGGAAGAUGAAGAUGUAUCAGGUAGGUGGUGGAGCAACACAGCAUUGGUGCGUUGUGCAAGGAGCGGUUGCGCAAGAAUUUCAUCUAUUGCUGAAUUAGUUCUAAGGGGUUCCCUAUGCGUCGUAAUUGCUGUCCCUAUCAGCAUGGUCCUUGCAAGGUCACUGCAAAGCCCACCGGAUUACUUUCUCGUACCCACUUGAUGGGUCCUCCCUUCCCGUCUUUUAUCAAAAGUAUGUCUUAUGUAAAAAGUAGCUAUACAAUUCUCUUUAGUAUGGCAGUUUUAGUGCCCAUGCCCCAGAGAACAAAGUUUACAUUCAAGUCUGUUUGAAGAACCUUGAUCCACGGCUCUGUGGCCUAGAAGUGAUAACUUAUUUUUUGACAUCAAUUUAUUUCUGGGAAAUCUCUUCCCUAUGUUGCUGAACCUCUA